GUGCGCUCUGCACAAUUACAACUCUUAGACGGACAAAGUGUUUCUCUGACCUCUCUCUUUUACAUGAGAUUAUCAGCUUUACAGCAUGGGUAUCUCACGUGAUCAUUGGCAUAAACGCCGAGCUACAGGAGGCAGAAGAGAGCCUCCAAGGAAGAAGAGGAAGUUCGAAUUAGGACGUCCUGCUGCAAACACCAAACUUGGUCCACAGCGUAUACAUACUGUGCGUACCCGGGGUGGCAAUAAAAAAUACCGUGCCCUCCGUUUAGACACAGGUAAUUUUGCUUGGGGAUCUGAAGGCCGUGCACGCAAGACUCGCAUCAUAGAUGUUGUUUACAAUGCAUCCAAUAACGAGCUUGUCAGAACCAAGACACUUGUGAAGAAUUGCAUUGUCUUAAUCGAUGCCACUCCAUUCAGACAGUGGUAUGAAGCUCAUUAUGCACUUCCUUUGGGACGUAAACGAGGAGCUAAAUUGUCUGAAGCAGAGGAGGAAGUUCUUAACAAGAAGCGUUCCAAGAAGUGUAUGGCAAAAUACAAGGCUAGACAACGUGUUGCUAAAGUUGAGCCAGCACUUGAAGAUCAGUUUGCAACUGGAAGAAUUUUAGCUUGCAUCGCUAGCAGGCCUGGACAAUGUGGCCGUUCUGACGGUUACAUUUUAGAAGGUAAAGAGCUAGAAUUUUACUUGAGAAAGAUCAAGAGCAAGAAAGCAAAGUAAAAUAAUUUUGUACAAUGAAUUGAAAGCAAUAAAUUCAUACUUAAUUUUAAAAA